GCCAAAAUAAGACCCUGAGAACAGACUGGUGCCAGACUGGUGUGGGCUCUUUCAGCCUUCCAGAACCGUCUUGUCUGCUGAACAGGGCCUGAGAACCAACCGAAAUAGCAAGCCCUAAGGGAAGAACCAGAGAUCACCACAGUGGCUUCACACCGGCAGACUGAGACCACAGAGAAAGAGAUUUCCCAAGAAUGGAGCCCUUGGCAACGACCUUUUGUCCUCUGGAAUCCACACAACACACCGGAAACAAAUCUCUAAAUGAAACUGCCUGGUCUUCAGAGCAAACGGCUGAGUACAGUUAUGUUUCUAUCUUCCUGGUGAUGUGCAUGCUGGGACUGGCUGGGAAUGGAUUUUUCAUAUGGUUCCUAAUCUUCUGUGUCAAGAGGAAGCCAUUCACCAUCUACCUCCUGCACCUCGCCAUUGCCGACUUCAUGAAUCUCCUCUGUUCAUCCAUCAUUCAACUAGUGAACAUCUUCCACAUCCAUGACGACAACUUGCUGACUUACGUCAUCUUCCUCAUGAUCUUUGGCUACAACACGGGCCUGCACCUCCUCACAGCCAUCAGCGUGGAACGGUGCCUCUCAGUCCUCUACCCAAUCUGGUACCAGUGCCGACGCCCAAAGCACCAGUCCGCUGUGGCCUGUGCACUGCUGUGGUCACUGUCUGUUCUCGUGUCUGGGUUGGAGAGCUUCUUCUGUAUUCUGGAAGUGAUGCCCCAGUUCCCAGAGUGCCGUUAUGUGUACAUAUUUUCCUGUGUCUUGACAUUCCUGGUCUUCGUGCCUCUCAUGGUCUUCUCCAACUUAAUCCUCUUCAUCCAGGUCUGCUUCAACCUGAAGCCACGGCAACCAGUCAAGCUCUAUGUGAUCAUCAUGGCCACGGUCAUCCUGUUUCUCGUCUUCGCCAUGCCCAUGAAGGUGUUGCUUAUCGUCGGCUACUAUUUCGACACAACAGAUGAGUCUGUAUGGAAAUCCCUCCCUUACCUGAACAUGCUGUCCAUUAUUAACUGCGGCAUCAACCCGAUUGUCUACUUUGUGGUAGGCAGUCUGAGGCGGAAGAGGGGUGGGAAGUCCCUAAAAGAAGCACUGCAGAAGAUCUUUGAGGAAAAGCCGGCGGUGGGCUCUAGGGAGAACGUUGCACAAUUCUCUCCACCUUCAUGACCUUCUGCUAGGACAUCCCCAAGGCAGGAUUCCCUGUGUGGGAAAAUAACGCAGUUCUGAAACCAUCCUCCCACCUGGCGGCUCACCAAGAGUAAAGAGAAAGUCCUUCAUUCCUCCUGGAAAUAAAUGAUAACAAAACACACUGUACCCAUGACACACUUGGCCACUGAUAACUUGAUGGAAGCUAAUCAUUUUUUUUCCAGUACUGGAGAUUGGCUCUUGAACAUCACACAUGCUGGGCAAGAACUCUAGCACAGAGUUCUAACCCUGGCUUGAUCCCACCUUCCCAGCACUAUAACGUCUCACUUAAUCUUGUCACUCUUAUGAUCCACUGUUGUUAACCUACUGUCACAGAUAAAGGCAAGAGGUUUAGUAAGGUUUCAGGGUAUGGAUGAUGUUGAGCCGGACUGUGACCUAAGAAGUCUGACCCUCAGACCCACCCUUGAGACCGUAACAUUCAGGUCAGUCUUCCAGAGGUCAACUGUUCAUACCUUUGUCGUCAAUACCACUCCUCACUUCUCCCUUGGGUCCCUCUUUCCAUCUUAUGCUUUGAAUGCCUCAGAAGGGAACAUGUUAGUACAUAUAAGGGACAGACGACAUCAUGCUUCCUUACAAGCAUAUUCACUAUUCAUGCACUGAGAAUUCACCAUGAGACCAACUGAGAGAUAGAUACAUCCCAUGAACCUUUAAAGACGUCAUCCUAUAAGAAUUAGAGGGAGAGCCUCAGCAAGCAUGAGUGAAGAUUUGCUUAGGCAUGGACAUUUUCUCUUUAUCUCCCUUCCUGCCUCCCCCUCCCCCCCAGUCUCCCUCCUUCUCUGAUUUUCUUCUAUCCUUA